AUGGAACAAGAAGAUAUAAGGCUUAAGAGGUUAGACUGUCUCCUGUGUGGGAAGGCGACUGGCACCUGUUCCACAGAGAUGGGAGACACUGAGCCCAUCUGCUCCCGAAGGGCCCAGUCUUCCUCAUCAACCUUCCCCAAUUCUCCUUUUCCCUCGUCCAGCACUGCCUCUGUCCUCCUUGAGGACACCACAGGAGAGGUAGCAGCUGCUGGAGUGUUUAGUGUUCCCAAGGGUCCCCACCAGAGUUCACUCAGGGCCAGUCAUUUCCAGGGGACCAUGGCUGCCACUCCAGAGAACCAUCCCUUGAAGGGCAGUGCCAGCAGCAGGCAAGAGAAAAGGCUCUAUGGUAGGGAGGAGCCAGCCCAAGCUGGGGCCUGCCUCCAGAAGGCAUUGGAUGACAAGAUAUCUGAUCUGGUGGGGUUCCUGCUCCUCAAGUACCGCACUAAGCAGCUGACCACGAAGGAAGCGAUGCUGAGAACCAUCCCCAACAAUGAUGAGGAGGACUUCUCUGUCAUCCUAAGCCAGGUUUCUGAGUGCAUGCAUUUGGUCUAUGGCAUUGAUGUGAAGGAAGUAGACCCACAAUCGCACAGCUAUGCCUUGGUCACUACCUUGGGCCUCACUUAUGAUGGCAUGGUGGGCCCUCAGCAAACCAUGCCCAAUACCGGCCUGCUGGUGAUGGUCCUGGGGGUCAUCCUUCUCGAGGAAGAUUGUGCCUCUGAGCAGGCUGUCUGGGAGCAAUUAAGUUUGAUGGGGGUUUAUCCAGGCAGGAAGCACUUUAUCUACGGGGAGCCCAGGAAACUCCUCACCAAUGUGUGGGUGCAGGAGCAGUAUCUGGAGUACCAGCAGGUACCCGGAAGUAUCCCUGCCCGCUUCCAGUUUCUCUGGGGCCCCAGGGCCCAUGCCGAAACCAGCAAGAUGGAUGUCCUGGAUUUUUUGAUCAAUGUCUAUAUUAGCGAACAAAAGUCCCUCCAGUGUAUAAAUUCCACCGCUACCCACUUUCACCAGUGCAUCGCCUACGGUCUCAGAGCGAAGAGCCAGUUUGACCAGGGCAUCACCUACAUCCCCACGAACAGCAAAGCUUCUUCACAGAUGAAGAACUUGAGGCUCAUAUGUUGCUGCAAAAGCAAUGUUGUCAUGGGCAUUUCUACGGGCCCCAAGCUUCCAUAUUGUGAAGAUUAUGACCCGGGAGAGGAAGGACGCAUGGAUGCAGGAGUUGGUAGUGAGAUGGACGCAACCUGA